UCCCCUAAUCCCUAACAUUUUCUUCAUUUUGCUUACCACCAUUACAGCAGCUCUCCAAAGAACCAUGGUCCGCGACGUAUGGCCACCAAAAAUGGAUGGUCACUCUCCUCUCGUCCGAGCUAAACGGUGUCAGAAACACCACGAAAUGCAAACAUCAUUCCCUGCAAUGUUUCCCACAUCCGGCGAGAAUCCAGUACUGGACCACCAUGCGCGGUGGUCCCUCGACCUCAACUCCACACCAACGACACUGCUACCCCGACGAUUACUCCGACGGCAAGGAAACAGGGACUAGUGGCAGUGGGGCAGAGCACUAUGCAACAUCAAAUGGUUCUGGGUUAGUUCGGUUGGUGGUCUGGACCCGGUUUGCUGUAUUGGAUAUGCUCUUGAGUUGUUGUGUUGACUCCAUUUGGGUCUUGGGUGAGAUUGUUGGAUGUAUUGGGCUGUAAAUGGGUCUUGUAA